AUGUAGUACGCAAAACAAGUUUAAUUGUGAAAAAUACUCUGUGUAUUGAAGGACUGUUAAAAAAGUCUGCGUUUAAAUUUGUUUGAAAAAAAAAAAAACAAAAGCCAUAUAGUAUAAUUAAUUUAUUUCUUUUACAAAAGAAAAUAAAAAUAAAAGCGCAAAAAGUUAUCUAAAGUGAUAUAAAGAAAAAGUAAACUACUUCACAAUACUGAGCGAAAUAAAAACCAAGCAGAACAACAAGAUGUCUGAAGCUUAUUUUGAUGCUUAUGAUCAUUAUAACUAUGACCAGGACAAAUACGUCUUUUCGGCACAUAGUGGCAAAUAUCGUUCCAAAAAGGAGGUUAAUGAACACAGUAAUCAUUUCGAUCCUAGUGGACAUUCCAGAAAACUUUUAACCAAAUUCAUGAAUACCAAUAACAAUAGAAAACUUGCCUGUGCUGGACACAAAAAUUGAUGCGACAUCGUCACAAAAGAAAGCAAACACUGAGAUAUUGAAGAAAAAGUAAAAGAAGAAAAAAAGUACAUAAAAACAAAAGGAAGUUGAAGAAAUAAAUUGAAAGUAAAAAAAGGAAGGAAAAAGGAAUACUACGUGUAUACAAAACAGAAAGUAACAGAAAAAAAGAAAGGAGUUCUACUAAAAAUAUAGAAAGUACCCUCAACAAAAAAAAGCCUAAAUACACAUUGGAAAAGUUUAAAGUCUAAAAAAAAGAAAAUCUCUUUAUAAAAACUAAAAAAUUUUUCUUUAUUAAAUUUAUUAAAUAAGGAGAUACUGGUGGCUACAUUUAUAGCUUAGCACUGCUAUGCAGUGCUAGACUAUUAUUUGUAGCCCCCACAAUUCUCGCUCUCUAACUUAAUCCAAAAAUUUAACAAAAUUUUCCUUUAAUUCAUAUUUUCUCUAGAUUUUUAGGCAUUAUUAUUGUUUUUCAUUUUUUAUACAAAUAAUUUAUUAUUAUUAUUUUUUUUUUUAAUUUAGUUGUAAAAACUUUUGCGAUUUAUAAAUAAUUUUUUGUCAACAAUUUAUGAAAUCACAGUAGUUUUUGCAAAACCCCAUGUAUUUCUCUACUACUAUUAUUAUUAUUAAUUCCUUAUAUUAUAAUUUGAUAAGUAAAGAAUAUUGCACUAAUUAUGUCUCAUUAUAAUAUAAAUAAUAAAAAUACAGUUAAAUUUAAAAAUAACA